AUGAUGAUGGGAAGAUUGAUUCCUCUUCAUCGUAAAGCUUUCGCAUUGGUUCCUCCGAGAAUCGCAUUAUGUAUCUUCUCUCCCGCCUUCUCUGUUCUCUCGUACAAAGAGAGAUUGAGCAGUGGUGUCGUCGAUAUCAAGAAGGAUGAUGCUGUUGCUCUGUUUCAGUCCAUGAUUCGGUCUCGUCCACUUCCUACAGUGAUAGAUUUCAACAGAUUGUUUGGUUUAGUUGCUAAAACAAAACAGUAUGAUCUAGUGUUAGGUCUCUGCAAGCAAAUGGAACUGAAAGGAGGGAUUGCGUAUGAUCUCUACACUCUCAACAUUACAAUCAAUUGCUUCUGCCGUCGUAGUAGACUAGGUUUUGCUUUUUCUGCUAUGGGAAAGAUUUUGAAGCUUGGGUAUGAGCCAGACACAAUUACAUUCUCAACUUUGAUAAAUGGUUUAUGUCUCAAGGGUCUAGUUUCUCAAGCUGUCGAAUUAGUUGAUCGUAUGGUGGAAAUGAAGGUCAUUCCAAAUCUUAUUAUACUCAACACUAUUGUCAAUGGGCUUUGUCUCCAAGAUAGACUCUCUGAAGCCAUUGCUUUGAUUGAUCGAAUGGUGGAAAAGGGAUGUCAACCUAGUGAAGUUACCUAUGGUCCUAUUUUGAACAGAAUGUGUAAGUCAGGGAACACUGCCUUGGCCUUGGAUCUGCUCAGAAAGUUGGAAGAUAGAAAGAUCAAGCUCGAUGCUGCUAAAUACAAUAUCAUCAUUGAUAGUUUUUGCAAAUAUGGGAGUCUCCAUGAUGCACUUAGCCUUUUCAAUGAAAUGGAAACCAAAGGUAUCAAACCAAAUGUCAUUUCCUACAACUCUCUCAUAGGUGGCUUCUGUCGUGCUGGAAGAUGGGAUGAUGGUGCACAGUUGCUGAGAGAUAUGAUUACAAGUGAAAUCACCCCAAACGUUGUCACUUUCAAUACGUUGAUUGAUGGUCUUGUGAAAGAGGGAAAGCUUACUGAGGCUAAAACAUUGUACGAUGAGAUGAUCACAAGAGGCAUAGAUCCUACUACCAUUACAUAUAAUACUUUAGCAUAUGGGUUUUGCAUGGAGAACCGCUUCGAUGAAGCUAACCAGAUGCUGGAUCUGAUGGUUAGCAAAGGAUGCGAUCCUAGUAUCGUGACUUAUAGUAUCCUUAUAAACGGAUAUUGUAAGGCUAAACUGGUUGAUGAAGCUAUGAGACUUUUCCGCAAAAUGUCUAUGAGAGGAGUGGUUGCUGAUACAGUCGUGUAUAGCGCUCUCAUCCAAGGGUUUUGUCAAACGGGAAAACCUAAUGUGGCCAAAAAACUCUUCCAAGAGAUGGUUUCUCAAGGUGUUCAUCCUAAUAUUGUGACCUACAAAAUUUUGAUGGAUGGGUUGUGUGACAAUGGGGAACUAGACGAGGCUUUGGGAAUACUUGAAAAAAUGCACAAGAGUAAGACAGAACUUGAUAUUGGUAUAUAUAAUAUCAUAAUUCACGGGAUGUGCAAUGCAAAUAAGGUCGAUGAUGCUUGGGAUCUAUUCUGUAGCCUCCCUCUCAAAGGAGUGAAGCCUGAAGUCAAAACGUACACUGUAAUGAUUGGAGGACUAUGUAAGCAAAGCUCGCUGUCUGAAGCAAAUAUGUUGUUUAGAAAUAUGGGAGAGGAUGGGAUUGCGCCAGAUGAUUCUACUUACAACACACUAGUCCGAGCUCAUCUCAGAGGUAGUGACAUAAACAAUUCAGUUAAGCUCUUCGAAGAAAUGAAGAGUAAUGGAUUCUCAGCGGAUGCUUCCACUGUAAAGUUGGUUAUAGAUAUGCUAUCUAGCGGUGAAUUAAACAAAAGCUUUUUGGAUAUGCUUUCUGGUCCUUGUCGAAACAAAUCAUCAUCGUUGGAUUGAUAUAAAUCUCUUGGGAGAAUUAUCAUCAAGACAAAUCAUCAUUGCAACACUACAACCACUACCAGCAGGAUCAUCAUCAUCAUUACCAAGAUUCUGACUCUGGUUGCUCCUCUUUCAUCCGUGGCUGGUUCGUCUCUCUUAACUUCCCGCCAUUAAAACUUAAUUAUUGUGUGUGUGCACUGAUUCGCUUCUUGCGUGUUUGUGGUCAAUCUUGGUUAACUCCUUGUGUCGGUAUAAAGCUAUGAUUGAG